CUCUGGAAGUUCUCCGCAACUUCGGGUUCUUCAUGCUGCACCUGGAGACCCCGCAGCAUGCAGUAAUAGCGUGUCUAUAUCCAGGGGAAAUACUACAUGAUGUCCGGCGCGCAAGUCAGACAAAAUGCAAAUAAUUGGCUGAUACUGCCGGCAUCGGGUUGCCGCAACCCCCCCCCCCGCAUUCCCCGAGGGGGCAAGUAUAAAGAAGCAGGGACUGUCUUCACCGGUCCUUCUUUCUUUGCUUUUUCUAGCGAUAUUACCUUCCGCCCCUGUCUCUGACUAUGUCAACCAUGAGGCAAAUCAUGCAGAAAUCGGUUGCGGUCGCUAGCUUGAUAGCCCUGCUCGGCUCAACGUCGGCAGUCGCAGCUCAAAGCUCUUCGAACGCGGUUGUCGUGGAUGGAACCACCUUCGCACUGAAUGGGGACAACUUUUCAUACCGUUUUCAUGUCGAUAAUGAGACCGGUGAUCUGUGGUCCGACCACUUCGGUGCCAGCGUGACAGGGGCCAUCCCAUAUGAGAAUGUGCCCGCAGUCAAUGGCUGGGUCGGGAUGCCAGGUCGAGUCCGUCGGGAGUUUCCUGACCAGGGCCGAGGUGACUUCCGCAUUCCUGCCAUUCGUAUUCGACAGUCCGAGGGCUAUACGGUCUCCGACUUGCAGUAUCAAUCGUAUGAUGUGAUUCAAGGCAAGCCAGAACUGCCAGGGCUGCCUGCCACCUUUGGUACAGAUAAGGAUGUGACUACCUUGGUCGUUCAUCUCUAUGAUCAUUACAGUGCCGUGGCAGCCGACUUGUCGUAUUCCGUAUUCCCCAAAUACGAUGCAAUCGUCCGCAGUGUGAAGGUUACCAACAAAGGCAAGGACAACAUCACCAUCGAAGCGCUGGCAAGCCUAAGUGUCGACUUUCCCUAUCAAGACUUGGACAUGAUCAGCUUGAGGGGUGACUGGGCCCGGGAAGCUCACCGUGAACGAAGGAAAGUCGAGUACGGAAUUCAGGGAUUUGGCAGCUCUACAGGAUACUCGUCACACCUCCACAACCCCUUCCUUGCUCUUGUCGAUCCAACUGCCACAGAAUCCAGUGGCCAAGCAUGGGGCUUCUCGUUAGUGUAUACGGGCUCAUUCUCCGUGGACAUCGAGAAAGGCUCCCAGGGCUUCACUCGUGCUUUACUCGGACUCAACCCCAACCAGCUCUCAUGGAACCUUGGCCCAGGUGAAACAAUAACAACGCCUGAAUGCGUGUCUGUCUAUUCCCAGAAUGGAGUCGGCGGGAUGUCUCGUUUAUUCCACGGGCUUUACCGCAAUCAUCUCAUCAAGAGUAAAUUCGCCAUGAAGGAUCGCCCUGUCCUGUUGAACAGCUGGGAGGGCCUUGGUUUCGACUACAACGACAGCACCAUAUAUAAUCUUGCUCAAGAAUCGGCGGACUUGGGAAUCAAACUCUUCGUCCUAGAUGAUGGAUGGUUUGGCGACAAGUAUCCUCGAUUGUCUGACAACGCGGGUCUAGGUGACUGGGUACCUAAUCCUGAGAGGUUUCCAGACGGUCUGGACCAUGCAGUGACUAGCAUCACCGCGCUGAAAGCUGCAAACACAUCCACCGAGCUCCGAUUUGGUCUCUGGUUUGAGCCCGAGAUGGUCAACCCUAAUUCCAGUCUCUAUCGUGAGCACCCUGACUGGGCUUUACAUGCUGGAUCCUACCCCCGCACGGAACGACGUAAUCAGCUCGUUUUGAACGUGGCUCUUCCGGAGGUGCAAGACUUCAUCAUUCAAUCCGUGUCGAGCAUUCUAAGUAGCGCCGAAAUUACCUACGUGAAGUGGGACAACAAUCGGGGUAUUCACGAAAUGCCCUCGCCCUCCACUGACCAUGAGUACAUGUUGGGUAUGUAUCGCGUGUUCAACAACUUGACCACUCGAUUCCCAGAUGUCCUGUGGGAGGGUUGCGCAUCUGGCGGGGGUCGCUUUGACCCUGGUGUACUCCAGUAUUUCCCCCAGAUCUGGACCUCAGAUGAUACCGAUGCCGUUGAGCGUAUCACCAUUCAAAUGGGAACAUCACUCGUUUAUCCCCCGAGUGCGAUGGGUGCUCAUCUUUCUGCCGUCCCCAACCAACAGACUGGCAGAACACUGCCCGUUGCAUUCCGUGGCCACGUUGCCAUGAUGGGAGGGUCUUUCGGCCUGGAGCUAGAUCCCGCCGAGAUUCCUAGUGACGACAAGGCUGCUCUCCCCGGUCUUAUUUCACUCGCGGAGAAGGUCAACCCAAUCAUCUUGACUGGGGAUAUGUACCGUUUGAGCCUACCGGAGGACUCGAAUUGGCCCGCCGUUCAGUUCAUCUCGCAAGAUGGGUCGCAGGCGGUCCUAUUCUACUUCCAGAUUGACCCCAAUAUCAAUCACGCACUCCCUUGGAUCAAGCUUCAAGGAUUGGACCCCGAGGCCGUCUAUAGUGUGGAUGGCAAUGCUACCUAUUCAGGGUCAGUUCUGAUGAACAUUGGGUUGCAGUUUGUCUUUGAAACAGACUACGGUAGUCAAGUGGUGUUCAUUGCGAAGCAAUGAAAUUUGCAAGGCAUUGCUUGCUGUACAUAGCUCAUGCUGUAUAGAGCUGCUUUGACUCGCAAGAUACCAGCCCAUUCCAUGGGUAAUAGACUAUGUCAAUGAACUCGGAUCUUUGUUUGGGCCUACCGGUGGAUAUGCAAUAGAAACAAAUCCCAUUUAGAAUGAUCAAUCUGAGUAGAGCUGCGGGGCAGUAUCCUGUCCAUCUCUUCUCACUCUGUUUCUCUUUCCUUCUCGCCCUCCCAUAAGCCCAUUCCCACAUCCCCUUUCUCACCCUGGCCUCAUAUCCCGCUCUAAAUUGAGAAACAAAGCUCUUAUUGUCAAACUCGAUGACCACGAGAGAGCUCACGGCAUCGCAGUACAAGGCAAAUUCCAUCGCGGUGGCCGCCCCGCGUCUACUGAAGCUCCUCAUUGUAAAACAGGCUUCGCGCGGUACAGGAACCGGCAAAUUAUAGCCACUUGUGCAUACUUGGUGCUCGAGUACGAGCCAAGACGCGCCGUUGGGGAUGUGUCCAAAGAAGAGAGGGCUCAACUACGGAAGAAGAACAAGAAUCUGCUGAGCAUCUGCUGCGCAAUUGCCUUUAAAACAAGG